AUGGAUAUUCACACUUUCUGGAACGAAACAGCCGCGCACAAUGAGACUCACAUGGACACCAUGUUUCUCCUGUUCAACUGCACGGUCCUAACCUUAACGUUAAUCCUGGGUUUGCCCGGCAACUUGUGGAUCUGUUGGGUUGUUUCCAGAACCAAGAGCCUGCAGACCUGCAAUAACGCGCUGCUGGUCAGUUUGGCCGCCAGUGACCUCCUGAAGUGCUCCGUGGACACACCGCUGCUGCUCUUCUCUUUCCUGCGCUACGGGAAGGAUAGCCAGGUGUCGGUGUCUGUGUGCACCCUGCAGCAGUUCACCUAUGCCCUGUGCAGCUGCGUCCAGCUGCUCACGCUGGUCAGCAUCAGCGUGGAGCGCUUCCAAGCUAUCGCCUUUCCUUUCCAAACCGAGAGGAGGAGAGCGAGGGUCCGUCUCUGGAUCCUGUCCAUCUGGGCGUGCGGCCUCAUGUUGGCUGUCAUCUCUCUGACUCUUGCCAAGAACGCGCUUUUCUACAUGCUCUGUCGUCCGCACAUCGGGGGGCACGGCGAAGAGCCUCUGCAGUAUUCGGAUCCAUUCGGACCCUACGUGCUGGUGCCGGUGUGGGGACUGUCUUUGACUUUGAUCGUUAUCCACUAUAUGCGGAUAUUGAGAGUUGUGAGGCAGCACCGGAAGAAAUUGUUCAACCGGGGAGUCCAGCUGAGGCCGACGGUGUCGGAGCACGUCUGGGCCUGGCUGAGUGUCCCUGCUAGCCCAGCACCACGGACAGCUCCACGAGGCUCCUUCAAGUCUCUGCCCCCUGUGGGCUCCGGCAGCCCGCUACCUCCCCGCAGAACGGUGCUCUUGGUGGCCGAGGCCGGUGCAUCCUGUGCGGACGCGUCCACAGGAGGACGACGCGCCCCGGGGAGACCUCCGGAGAUCGUCGGGGCAGUGUGUCUUCUGACACCCGGGGCAAGGGAGCGGGGGAAGAAACAGAUGGAGGGGAAAGUGGCGCAGCGUUUUGGGUACAUAAUCAUUGCGUUCACGCUUUUCUGGGUGCCCAUGGUGGUUAUUUUGCUAGUGAAUGUCAACUCUUGGCAGGACACGGACAGAUUGCUGAGGGAGCUGGAGACAUCAGCCAUGGUGCUGACCUGUAUGCAGGCUGCGGUGGAUCCUCUCAUCUACACUUUAGUCACCAGACAGUUUCGCUCUGAGCUAAGCAAGAUCCUCUCCUCCAUCCCCGGAUGUCCACUAAAACUGAGAGGCUGA